AGGAUGAGCUGAAGAAGGCCAUGGCCAAGCAAUCGGAAAGUCGUCUGCUGAUCCCAUGUCUGCUGCUUGGGCUGGGUCUGCUGCUGGUGGUGGCCGGCGUGACCUUCUUCUUUGUCCUUGACCCUUUCAUACGGUCGCAGGUUGAGAAGGGAGAGGCGAGAAAAGUUCAACAUCGUGUGGAACCCCAAUGGCACCGUGACCUACAAACAGAACCGGACGUUCCACUUUAUCCCAGAGAUGUCCAAGGGUAGUGAGACGGACAUGAUCACAACAGUUAAUCCUUUGUUGCCGGUGAUAGCAGAGAACAUCAAGUGGCUGCCAUCUGCUGUCAAGGAUAUCAUGACUACCUUCCUCCAGGUGGGCCUCAAGGAGAACCUGUUCUUCACGCGACCAGUCAAGGACAUCCUGUGGGGCUACGACGACCCUGCUCUCAAAAUGUUGCAGAAAAUCCUCCCCUCCUGGUUCACUAGGACCAACAUUGGAUACUUCAUCAGGAAAAACUACACGGAUGAUGGCGUGUACACAAUAAUGACCGGCGCCACUAACAUCAACCUUCUCGGGAUAAUCACAGAGUACAACGGUCGCAGUCACCUGGACAUCUGGACGUCCCGCUGGGCCAACAUGGUCAAUGGCUCCGACGGUACCCUGGGCCCACCCUUCCGGUUCUCUGACCAGUACACCCCGGUGUUUGUCUCGGACAUCUGCAGAUCAAUCCGGGGCUUGUACUACGAGGACGUACAAGUGAAGGGUAUCACCGUGCGUCGGUACGGCGGGGACCGCUAUGAUAUGGCCAACGCCACCGUCAACCCUGACAACAUUGGCUUCUGUACGCCGAGGUCAAAGUGUCUGCCCACCGGACUCCUCAACUCCACGCUCUGUCAAGAGCCAGUGGACAAGUUCCACCUGCCGAUCAUCUUCUCCUUCCCCCACUUUUUGUACGCUGACCCGGCGGUUCAGGACAGCGUGUGGGGGCUAGCACCUACUGUGAAGGAACAUCAGACAGUCAUAGACAAAGAGCCUUGGACGGGUCUGGCGUUACGAGUUGCCAACCGACUCCAGAUCAAUAUCUUUGUGGAGCAGGUGCAGGGCAUCCCUCAGACUGCCAAAGUGAGGAAAUUGUUCUUCCCCAUCCUGUGGAUCAAUGAGAGCUCUGUGACAGAUGACAAACAUGCCAACAUGCUGAAGACAGAGCUGUUCCUGCCUAUGAAGAUUGCCAAAAUCGGCCGUGUGGUGGUCCUGGCCAUCGGGGCUCUCAUCAUAGUUGCCAGCGUGGCCUUGCUCAUACGACGACAGCGCAAGAUAGCUAAGCUGAAGUACGCCAUCGAUCUAGCCCGGGUAAACAGCACAGGAAGCGAGGGCGCCCCGGUGACCACCAGAGGCUCCAACCGCCUGUUCCACGACCCAGUGAACACGCCUUUCACGCCCACAGUCCGCGUGUCUCCCCGAUCAACGCAGAGCCGAGCGACGUCCUACGGAUCUUUCCAGAGUAGCGGCGGGGACUCGCUGCACAGCCUGCCAGACAGUGACACGGCAUCUACAACAAACCUACUCAACAACCAUGACCAAUAGACAGACAUCACACAAACUUACUCAACAACCAUGACCAAUAGACAGACAUCACACAAACCUACCCAACAACAAUGACUAGUAGCCAGUGCCAGUAGUUGAAACAUAACCUACUCAACAACUAUGACCAAUAGCAGAUGUUAAAACAAAAACUUACUCAACCACUAUCACCUACAGAUAGAUGACACCCACUACAAACUCACUCAUAAUAACUUACAUUUAUACAGCACAUUUACAGUAGCUCAGGGGAAUGUUUUUUGUUACUCGAGGCUAGCUGGGAUGGACCGGUUUGGUUAGCAUCAUGCUGUUGCUGUGUGUCUGUUUUUGUUUUUCUGUUUGUGUGUUUUCUUGACCAGGCCCGUAGUGUCCACCUGCUGGAAUGUCCAGUGGUCAGGUCUCACCCGAGUUUGCCAGUGAGUCUGUUUGUCUGUGAUUGUUCUCGGGUAGACACCCCUAAGAGCCAGAUAUGAUCCAACACUUCCUCAGCCCACCAGGCUACAGCGGCUGUGUUCUCGUACAUCUCACAGUGCCCAGUGUAUCGUGUUAUAUAGGCCCUAUAUAUUUUGCUAAUUUGAAAUGCUUCAUUUGCUUUACUAUUGUCGGCAAGCUGUUCGAUUCAUAUGUACUAAGCUCAGAAAGCCAAAUUUUUCAGGAGAGAAAAAACACUUUCAUUUUAAAAUUAGUUUUACUUGUAUUUUUUAAAAUUUUUUUCAACAUGUAGAGGGUAGAGUUUGAAUUUUUAUAAAAUAUUUCUUGAGCACACGCAACUGAUACCACAGGCUAAGAAACUGC